AUGCUCACUUCCGCCACCGCCCCCUCCUCCUCCUGCUCGUCCCACGCUCCCACCCGCUUCGCCUCCGCGCGCGGGCGCCGCCUCCGCCCCGUGCUCGCCAUGGCCGCCUCCGACGACCCCCGCGCCAGGUCGGUCGCCGUCAUCGGCGCCGGCGUCAGUGGGCUCGUGGCGGCGUACAGGCUGAGGAAGAGCGGCGUGCGGGUCACCGUGUUCGAGGCGGAAGACCGCGCGGGAGGGAAGAUACGGACCAACUCCGACGGCGGAUUCCUCUGGGACGAAGGAGCCAACACUAUGACAGAAAGUGCAUUGGAGGCUAGUAGACUAAUCGACGAUCUUGGUCUUGAGGACAGACUGCAGUAUCCUAACUCCCAGCACAAGCGUUAUACUGUUAAGGAUGGAGCGCCAGCACUGAUCCCUUCAGAUCCCAUCGCGCUAAUGAAAAGCACUGUUCUUUCUACGAAAUCAAAGUUCAAGUUCUUUCUGGAACCAUUUCUCUAUGAAAAAUCUAGCACAAGGAACUCCAAAAAAGUGUCUGACGAGCAUUUGCGCGAGAGCGUUGGGAGUUUUUUUGAACGCCAUUUUGGGAAAGAGGUUGUUGACUAUCUUAUUGAUCCAUUUGUAGCUGGAACAAGUGCAGGAGAUCCUGAGUCAUUAUCUAUUCGUCAUGCAUUUCCAGGGUUAUGGAAUUUAGAAAAGAAGUAUGGUUCUCUCAUCGUCGGUGCCAUCUUGUCAAAACUAACAGCUAAAGGUGAUUCAGCAAAGAAAGGAGGCACUUCGUCAGGAAAAGGAAGGAGCAAGCGGGCCUCAUUUUCAUUUCAUGGUGGUAUGCAGACACUAGUAGAUGCACUUCACAAGGAAGUUGGAGAUAGUAAUGUGAAGCUUGGAACACAAGUGUUGUCAUUGGCGUGUAACUGCGAUGAACUCUCUGCAUCAGAUGGGUGGUCAAUUUUUGUGGAUUCAAAAGAUGCUAGUAGUAAGGAGCUUGCAAAGAACCAGUCCUUUGAUGCUGUUAUAAUGACAGCUCCACUGUCCAAUGUCCAGAGGAUGAAGUUCACAAAAGGUGGAGCUCCCUUUGUGCUAGACUUUCUUCCUAAGGUCAGGUCUAUCACUACAAGAGCCAUAUUGCUGGUUUGUUUUUUUCCCAUGGACAGGGGUGCGUGGAAGUUAGUGGAUUAUCUGCCAUUGUCCCUCAUGGUAACAGCAUUUAAGAAGGAAGACGUCAAAAGACCCCUGGAAGGAUUUGGGGUCUUGAUACCCUUUAAGGAACAACAAAAACAUGGUUUGAAAACGCUUGGAACUCUCUUCUCCUCUAUGAUGUUCCCAGAUCGAGCUCCUAAUGACCAGUACUUGUUUACAACAUUCAUUGGGGGAAGCCACAAUAGAGAUCUCGCUGGAGCUCCAACGCCUAUCUUGAAACGAUUUGUGACAUCUGACCUUACAAAGCUACUGGGGGUAAAGGGGCAGCCAACUUUUGUGAAACAUAUACAUUGGAGAAAUGCUUUUCCUUUGUAUGGCCAUGAUUAUGAUUCGGCACUGGAAGCUAUAGGAAAGAUGGAAAGUGAUCUUCCAGGGUUCUUCUAUGCAGGAAAUAACAAGGAUGGGUUGGCUGUUGGAAAUGUCAUAGCUUCAGGAAGUAACACAGCGGACCUUGUGAUCUCAUACCUUGAGUCAGGCAUCAAGCAAGUUAGUUAA